AUGGUGAAGAAUAAUGCAUUAAAAAGUGAUGAUUUAAGUCAUUUCUCCGAGAAUAAUAUAGUUUGCCAAUUAGAGUGGUUAAUAUUUAAAUUAUUUAAGAAUACAAAAAAGUAUCAAUGUUAUUCAAAAGUAUAUCAAAUGACUUGCAUAAUAUCUAUAACUAAUACUCUACAUGGAUUAGUGUCAGAAGGUUAUCAUGCAACUCUUAGAGAUAUUUUUUACAGUAACCCAAGUUUAUAUAAAAAACAGACAGUUUCAAACAACACUAUAGCUAUGAUUACUCGACUAAUUCGUAUUCCAAGAGAAUUUUUAAAUGUUGUAAGUACAUCUAAAGGGAUGAUUAGAGGUCCAAUUUCAGUAUUUGGAUCAGAUCUCUCGGGAGAUAAGCAUAAUAGAAAUAAAAUAAUAGAAUUUGACUGUCUAUCAAAAAUCGAAAGCAUGGGACAUUCAAUUAGUCCUUAUAUAUGUAGAUUAAUGAAUAAUUGGAGAAUUAAUAUUUACAAAAAUAUUAACUUUGUAUUGAUUAUUGAAAAGGAUACUGUUUUUCAACGAUUAUUGGAAUGUAAUUUUUUGGAAGCAUUUAAUAAUUCAUGCAUACUUUUAACGGCUAAAGGUUACUCAGAUUUACCUACAAGAGCUUUACUCUAUCAGUUGUGUAAUAUAUUGCCAUACAAAACUUUAUUUUGGAUACUUUGUGAUUAUGAUGCAUAUGGUUUAACAAUAGGCGCAACUUAUAUUAUGGGAUCCCAAAAUAGUGCUUGGUAUGACUCAGACUUUAAGGUAAAUAGGAUACUACCAUUUCCACUACCCAGAGUAGCUGAUCAAUUAGCAAAUGGGAUAAUACAUAAACAGAGUAUAUUUCAGUUAUCAAAAAGUAAUAUUGUAAGAAUAAAUAUGGUCAAGCAACGUUUUGAAAAUUGUAUUGAAGUAUCUAGUAGUAUAAGAGUUCAGUGGAUCAAGAUAUGUGAACAAAUCAUAUUAGAUGGAGUGGAAUAUGAAAUAGAUUGUAUAGAGCAACUUGAAAAUUGGGUUGAAGAGGUAAUAAAAGAAAAGUUAGCUAGUAUAAAUACAGAUGAACUUGAAUAUCACAAAGAAUAUAGUUACAAAUAUUCCGAAUAA